AUGGCCGAGUGGUCUAAGGCGCCAGACUCAAGUUCUGGUCUUCGAGAGAGGGCGUGGGUUCAAAUCCCACUUCUGACAAACUUUAUUUUUUCCCCCCAUGAAUUUGUGAUGUUAGAACCAAGGCCCAAAGGUCGGAUGAAUUUGUGCGAGGCCCGGCCCAAUUAG